AUGAGCUUGAUUUUCAAGAUUGCAACACUUCUAUUUUCAUCACUCCUAACAGGUUAGUCGCCAUGCGGAAUUACUUGUUUCUGCUUGUUAACUGCACACAGUGAAUGUAGAAAAAUUAACAAUAACGAACUUACGAGAAAGUCAGAGAAAGGUGAAGUAACCCUUUAUCAGUUGUUUCAAACAGAACGACAAAGAACAGUAGAGUCCAGGAAGAUACUUGAUGCAAUUUGCAAAGUUGGUGUUCAGAAAUGAGCUCUUUUGUUCAUCCUACAUUCUCAUUCAACUUAUCCGACCCUUUCAAUGCAAUGUACCAUAACAUGUACCGUGGUCAUUAAGUUGUUGAUUUUUUUGGCACCCUAAGUAAUAGAAGGAGAGACCUUCAAAUAAGCCGGUAAAACUAAGCCACUACAAAUUACCAUGUUAAAACCCGAACCCCCAAGCAUAGUCGUUUACAACGUAGGCGGCUAAGUGCUGCACUCUAGGUCCGUCAUAAGAAGCGUUUGGUUGUUUCCUUAUAAAGUCGUUUUGCUACAAGUCAACUCUUGUCAUGAAAACUAUUCCUCUUAUGAUACUAAUGACUCUGUUAAAAUGAAUCGAAUCGACUUAGUAACUGCCGAGUCAGGCGAAAUAACUUAGUGAGCAGCCAUGUUGACAGUGAGUCUAAACGCCUACGCAGUCGCGCAGCGUGGCAGAGUUUCAACUUCAAGAAUGCAAAGAUAGUGCGUCUGCAAAGGUCUGUCUCUUAAGGUGGAUUUCCACUGCCGCGUAAUUUUUACAUGCGUACGCUCGUAAAUAAAAUAGAGGCAAUGGAAGGAAGUACGCGCGUACUGAAAUAAAAUAGAGGAAAUGUAUGGAAGGUCACGCGUAAACGUAAAAGUUGAACCUGGCUCAACUUUUGCGUUAAGCGCGGCCUUUCAUACCUUGCCUCUAUUUUAUGUAAGCGUGUACAGUUUACGAGCGUAGACACGUGAAAAUUACGCGACAGUAGAAAUCCACCCUUACAUUAAGAUCCGCAUUUUACACUGAAAACCGAUAGAGGGGGCUAAGUGCUGCGGGGGAGGCUCUCUGUAAUCAGAAUUGUUGUGUUGUUUCUGUACAAAUUCGUUUUGCUACAAUUAAGUCAAUUUUUGGAAAGAGUGAACUAUCAUAGUGUGCUCUUGGUCGUUCGAGGAACACUGACUGAGUUGAUGUGUUAUCGUACAAACUGUAUUCAUCAGCGUAACGAAUCGGUUCAGUGACUACAGUGUGGUUAAAUGACUUGGUGGGUAGCCUCGUUGGCAGAGAAGCUAAAUACCUUCGCAGUCGCGACGUGGCUGAACUUUAACUUAAAAAAUGCAAACAUAGUGCGUGUGCUAAUGUCCGUCUCUUAGGGCGCUUUCCAAAAGUCAGAGCUGGCCGGCCGGACCAUGGCCGCACCAGUCAUCUUGACACAGACAUAAGCUUUUUCAAAGAGUUUUUGCUCAAAGAAGAAGAAGAAGAAGAAGAAGAAGAAGAAGAACCAUUAUUAAUUUAUACCGCUCAGGGUAGCCCCUUCAGACGCAAAAAGCUGUCUGUUAUCAAUGAGAGCCCUGAGCAACAACGCACAAAAACCACACUAAACAUAUAAACAUUACACUAAUACAGAUAAUAAUAUAAAUAGAAAACUAUUUUCAAUUAAAAGAUUAAAAGAUGUAAAACACGAAAUAUCAUUAAGAUAAUUCGUUAAGAAGAGUGCAACCAUAAUAAUAGAAGGAUCUUUUUGCAAUUUCAGUUCUCACAGCAGGCGGUUGUAAGAGGUUGCUUUGUCUAGUAGCGCGCAUGGAUUGUAUUAUUACGUUUAAAAUAUUGUUUAAAAUACUGGGGACAUUGACCUUGCAGGUAUUUCUUAACGAGUUUAAAAACAGAUUGACGGCGGCGCUCCUCCAAGGUGGGCCAUUUCAGAACGUCCAAUGCCUGCUUGCUGCGCACAGUACAAGCCACUAUCCUAGCAGCCCGGUUUUGGAGGGCUUCAAGGUCUUGUUUACGACCUUCCCCACAAUAGCCCCACACACUUACACAGUAUUCUAAAAUUGGCCUAAUUAGACUACAAUACACUACAUUUGCACUCUCUCUAGUGAGGCUUCUGCGAAGCCUGUCGGGCAUUCCUACGCGUUUUCCCGCCUUCGAAAUUAGGUACUUUAUUUGCUCGUUCCAGCUAAGGUGGUCAUCAAAAACUAUACCUAGAUAAGUGAAGUGAAAAACCCGCUUAAUUACAUUGUUAUUUAAAGUAAUAGAAAAAGAGUUAACAGCAGAUAAUCUAGGGGCGGUUCCGAAAAGCAUAGCUUCGGUUUUUGUUACAUUAACAAACAGACUAUUAAAAGAAAGCCAGUGAUCAAUCUUAGACAGUUCGGCAUUCAGCUUGUCUUGAAUGACAGAGGCUUGAGAGGAUGAACAGUAUAAAACAGUGUCAUCAGCGUACAUCAGAAUAUUGCAAUCGGACACUACUUCAGGUAAAUCAUUAAUGUGUAGAAUAAACAAUAAUGGUCCGAGGAUAGAGCCCUGAGGCACACCAGUAGAGACGGCUUCCGAAGCAGAAGUCACCCCUUGAAACUCUACAACUUGGGUGCGGUUCGACAGGUAAUCCGUAAACCAGCCAUGCUCUUUAUCCAAAAUCACCAAAUUGGAAAGCUUGUCCAGAAGUACCACAUGAUCCACAGUGUCGAAAGCUUUGCGAAGGUCAAUAAACACAGCACCAGUUAAUUGACCUUGGUCCAUGUGGUCAAAAAAAGUCAUGUUCGUGCAUACCAUUUAGGAUUUAACAUAUGCGGCAGGAUAGUUUUGUUUAAAAGUGAAAUUCUCAUUACGACGGGAAUGGUCUGGCCGGUCAGUUCUGACAAAUGAAAAGCGCCCUUAGACUUAACUUUCUUACAAGACCAGGUAAUGAUUAAUCGAGCGAGGGCACGAAAAAUGCUAGCGACAGCGAAUUAGUGAGUACGCCUCGGGAAUUCAGCGAAGACGUUUUUCAAGUUUAUCUCAAGCCGGAGUGUAACCUUAAUUGAGUUACCAAAAAUCACCGCUAAUCUGCGUGAUAUACAUUAUUUUCAUGAAAACAAAUGGUACCAAUAGUUACGAACAUAGUCCCUAUAGGUUUUCUACAGUGGUCAUUAAACACUCUUCCCGCGUAAGAAAACCCAUAGGCGGCCUCAUGGUUCAAUGGCUGCCCCACCCGUGUGCCGAAACCUCUUAGUUUGAUUAUGUUCGAAUUUAGAUUGAUCUUGGAGCCACAACUGGUUCAAAAGACCAAAAUGUAUAUAAGUGUGAAUUAUGAGAACAGUUUUACUUAUAGCUAAUUGAUGUGUUAGGUUCGACACUUGACAAUAUUAUCCGAUGAGUCAAAGUGCUACUACAGUGUCGGAUCAGCUACGUUAGCUUCUGCCAAACAUAUUACUUGAACUUGGCGUGCCAUGCUAAGCUUAAACUGCGCCUACUGAUUCAUUCCACCUCUGCACCUAAUUCAGCAUUUGGUUUCGCAAAAUGAAUGGUGCGGAGUUUGAGUCGCGGCCCAUAUUUAGAUGACUCAGUAAAUGAUGACUCCCGCAACUAACUCAUCCUUUCUUUCUCUUAGUAUCUGCAGCGAGCGCCUCAACGUUGCCUUGGCCCAGAAUAGGCAUGUCAAACGAGCACCGACUCCGCCAAGAACUUUUCCCCGGUGGCUCAAACAAUGGCCGCAUGACUCGGCCUGCUUUGAACUGCUCAGAGGCGGUUACUGUGAAGUUCAUUGUCCAAUUGAAUGCAGUUGUGGACGUGGUAAGCACGUAAUGCUUAAAUAAAGUGGAGCAUCGGGAUAACUUGCCUGCCUAACGAGCAAGCGUUCCCGCGCGAGUUCGCCAAGAAAGUUGGGACGAAAGCAAAACAAAUUUCGUUUUCUCUCGCUGUAACUUUUGCGCAAUAACUAGAAUGGAAAAGCUUGUUACCUUUAUUUUCCUCUUGGUCCAAAUUUCGCGCAAUAACUCGAAUGCAAACGCUUGCUACGCAGGCUAUGGGAUAACGAAGGGCUUAGGAACCGGGAAAAUAUGUUUGUUAUAACGAAGUUCGUUACGAGAUUGUUCGUUAUACCGAGAACUUCGUUAUACAGAGGUUCGUUGAGGUUCCACUGAAGUGGUUCUGAUCAGCCCACAUUUUGAAUGUAGAGCCAGUGGCGGAUCCAGCGGAGGGACCUGGGGGUCUGCCCCCCCACCCUUAUUUUAGAUUUUAGACCCCCCUUCUCCCUUAUCUCAGGGUCUGGAUCCGGCACGGACAACAGCUAUCGAACUGGCAAUUACCAGGGGCGGAUCUAGGGGGAGGGUGCAGGGGGUGCGCACCCCCCCUGAGAUUACCUGCAGUUUUCUAAUACAACUGGUAUUCUGCAAAAAAAAAAAAAAAAAUUGGUUUAUUGGUGUUGAAGUCAAGAGCAAGAGACGAGUGCACCCCCUCCUAAGAGAAAUCCUGGAUCCGCCCCUGAUUACUGAGGUUCUUUUAGGCGGUUGCGUUUCGCCAAAUUUAAAUUGAAGAGCCAAAUGACGUUGAACAAAACUGUGGAACCCACCCUUCCUUAAAUGUCUAAUCUUUAAGCUGAAAUUUCUAACUAGCAGGACAUGAAAGUUUUGAUUCAAGUAAAUUAUAGUCAAAUUUUUAUGUAUUCUCAAAAGUUUUUUUUUUUUUUUUUUUACACAGGAUAAGAAAGGACAAGUUGUUUCCACAGAUGCAUUCAUCAAACAGGUCAGAGUUCUCGAGACACCGUAAACCUUUAUCUUUUCUUCUACGUAAACUUUGCAUUGGCUUAUUGUUCACAAAUAUCACUGAGAUAUAGUUCAGACCUUCAAUUUAUUGAUCGAUGUAAUCUAAAUCGUCUAGAUCACUCGUUUUGUAUCAGCGCUCGUUGGUCACGAGGAAAUUGACCGUUAGGCUUAAAGGGCGAGAAUGGUAAAUAAUCUUUAUUGUUAUUUAUCAUCAUCAUCAUCAUCAUUAUUAAUUGUUAUUAUUAUUGUUGAUGUUUUUGUCUUUUUUAAUGUAUUUUGCAGAGUUGGAAUAAUUCUUUCUUUAUGUGGUCGCCAAACGACUUCGGAGGCUUAGAGAGAAUUCUUGUGAGUCCUGAAGAGAUCUGGGCCCCUGACAUUGUGCUGCACAACAAGUAAGUUGAGGAAAUGUUCACCUUUACAAUGUGCAAGAUGUGCUACGAUUACUUCCCCCCCACCUCAAAGUAAUUUGGUGUCGCUUACUCAUCCACCGCCCCAUUAUUCCGCUGUGGUCAAUUUGUUUCUGGUCACUUGCUUAGAGUAGCGAAGCUUCGGCCGUUCUUUUCGGAUAUGUCCGCCAUGAUGUGUGACAGGGAGGGCGUUAGAAAACGUCGCACGGGGGCUAGGUAAACUAAAUUGUUUGACAGUAAGAACGCUUUUUGGGCCUGUUGAUAUUCCUCGUUAGAUUUAGUAUUUUAGCUUUCCUGUCUUCUGGAAAACAACUUUAUUUGGUUUUAUCAAAAAAGUCUUUAUCCUCACGUCUAAAAUAAGUCUUGGAGUUGUGCGUGUGAGUGUAGCCCUGAAAAAGCUUGUUGCUGACAUUGCCAAAAGAAACAGAAAAACGUAACGAUUUAUCGGUUCACAAUAUUCAAAGUGUUAACACAUUGAUAUUGACAAAGUAAAUUGUUUAUCAAUGGAACUGGAACUCUAUAAGCUGUUUUUAUUUCUACAGCGAGGAUGAUUAUGUCGCUCAAGCAGGCUACACAGAGAAAUUCAAAACAUGGAUUAUCAUUUACCACAACGGAACAAGCGAAUGGAAUUCUCCUGUGUCUUUUAAAAGCUCGUGCAACUUUGACGUCACCUAUUUUCCUUACGACGAGCAUCGCUGUAAGCUGAUAUUUGGUUCUCCGACAUCGGAUAUUACUCUGAUGGACAUCGUGACCGAGGAGAGGCGAUUAGAAAGAGAGAAAGGACAAGAUCGUUCAGAAGAUGUUGAAAAAGAAGAUGGGGAUGAAGCUUUUGGUAAGUUUGUUAAUUUGAGAACCAAAAGACCCGCGUGAUGUUGAAAACUACCAAGAUAGAAUUUACCGUAAUUUUGUUUUGGGUAUCACAAAUGCAAGUACACGGCACUCUAGGGGAGAAAGGUAUCUAUACAAGCCUAAAAGCUGAGCUCCCCUUUGAUAUUAACCAAAAACUUAAAAAAUCACAGCAAAAAGCACCUUAAGCAACAAAAAAAUGAAAAUUGGAGACCGCAAUAAUUUAUCAACUCGUCACAAAAAUAGGUUACCUGAAGGAGAAGUGGAUCUGAAGGCAAGAUAUUGCCGUCGGUUCUUUUAGAGAAAAAAAAAUUGGAGUUAUCUUUGAUAUUGGAGGAAAAUCAUCAACACAACCAUGCGCCUUCACCCAACGAGAAGCAGUGUGCAGCCUAUCACACAAUCACAAGCUAGAGUUCCAAUUCAAAUCCAGAAUGUUAUCACGCUUUCUUUUCUCAGCUCAUCGUUAGGUCUGUAAUUGAUUUGAUUGAACACAUUUCUUUGUUUAAUUCUUUUCAGAAGUAGAAAACAAUGGUGGUUGGUCAAUCCAAAGGGUGGAGGUCAAAAGAAGAGUGGCUCGCCACAAAGGAUAUCCCCAUCCCUUCACGAAGAUUCAAUUGAGCUUUGUAAUUCGCCGCAAGCCACUACACUUUGUCGUGUUCUCGAUGGUUCCCUGUAUGUUAAUCGGAGCUUUGAUUCUCGUUAGUUUCUUUAUCCCUGCGGAAAGUGGAGAAAGAAUCGGUUUCAGCUGUACUAUUCUUCUCUCUGUCAGCGUCUAUCUUCUGAUAGUUACAGAGGCUUUGCCUGAGCAGUCAGACACACUACCAUUAAUCGGUGUGUACUACAUAAUAAUCAUGCUAGAAAUUGGGUUGGCGCUGACUGCCACCAUUGUUGUACUGAAGGCGCAUCACUCUACCUCGAAACCGCCCGCCUGGCUGAAAUGGUGCCUGUUCAUUAACAAGAUGUAUCGAUGCUGUCGAAACGCUGCAAAGAGGCGAACCUCCAAAAUUGAGUCCCCCGCGGUCAGUGUAGUAGUGCUUGACUGUGACAGCAUUAAUAUAGAUAAAUGUGAAAAAGAACAAAACCAAACUGGGGAAGAUAGAAGGAGAAAAUCAAGCUUCAUUGAUUUUACUAGGCUUACAGAGCACAGAUCAAAUCAACUGUUCACACGCCCGAGCAGUCGAGAGAACAUGGACGAGGAAGAGGAGGGCUGGAUCGAGACUUGGCGUCAAAUAGGCAAAGCCUUGGAUCGAAUUUUCUUCUGGACUUUCGUAAUUUCCUUUUUCAUUUCUACCGUUGUAGUUUUUACAUAUGGUCCCUCCUUAGCCAAGCCUCUGAACGCCGAAAUGAAUAAGUUAUAUGACUCUCAAUGA